AUGUUCUUCAUUGAAGUGUUAUUUUACACUUUCAAUGGCUAUGGCGAGAAUAUCUUGUAAUAAAGUCUUUAGAGGAGCAAUUCUUCAGAUGAGUUUAAGCCAUAGAUUUGCACAUUCUAUAAAAGCGCAGGCAACGUAUAGCACCACAUCUCAAGAUGGAAGAACAAAAGCAGGUUCAGCUGCAAGUGGUACUGUGAUUUCUGAGAGGAGGGGUGCAGUGAUGCUUAUUGGGAUUAACAGACCUGAAGUGCGUAAUGCAGUAAAUCAGGAGACAGCUCACAGAUUGACAGAGGAGUUGUCAGCCUUUGAUCAAGACAACAACCUUAAAGUGGCAGUGCUUCAUGGACUCGGUGGGAAUUUUUGUGCUGGUUAUGAUCUCAAGGAGUUGGCCCAGAGCGCCGGAUUCCUCAAACUGGACCAAGAUGUCUGUCAAGGUCCUGGCCCCAUGGGACCAUCCCGUCUGAGGCUCUCUAAACCCUUGAUUGCAGCAGUUAGCGGGUUUGCCGUGGCUGGAGGUUUGGAGCUGGCCCUACUUGCGGACCUGAGGGUGGUGGAGGAGAGCUCUGUCAUGGGGGUCUUUUGCCGCAGAUUUGGUGUGCCAUUGAUUGAUGGAGGAACUGUGAGGUUGCCACAGUUAAUUGGUCUAUCACGUGCUCUAGAUCUCAUCCUUACCGGCAGACCUGUGAAGGCACAAGAGGCUUUGACUUUUGGACUGGCAAACAGAGUGGUGCCCGAUGGUCAAGCACUCCAAGUGGCACUUGAACUUGCUGAACAGGUCAGCUCAUUUCCACAGCAUUGUCUUCGUGCCGACCGUAACUCUGCCUACCAUGCUGUCUUUGAUGCCACCUCAUUCACACAGGCCAUGCAGUACGAGACGGACCAUGGCAUUCCAGUUAUUCAAGCUGAAGCAAUUACUGGAGCAACGAAAUUCAGCUCAGGCACUGGGAGAGGGGGAACAUUCACUUCAAGUAAAUUGUAAACAGAUAGAUGAUUAUCAAAAAUGUAAAGGAAUAUACUUCAGUUUAAUUUGUUGUAUUAUAGAUCAUACUGUACAACAGGGUCUGCAACAAUGUGGCUUCUAAUAAAACAAGAUUUAUACUAGAUUAUAAAUAUAAAAAUAUUAUACUAGGUUAUUACUAAAACUAUGUCAAACUAUGAUAAAUAUGACACUAUUAAAACAUUAAACACUGUAAAACAGUCAUAUUUUUAAUGGUUCAUAUUAAUCAACACACUUAACUGUUUCAAUGGUGAGAUUAUAAGAAUGAUUCAUAAUGUGAGCUGUUUGGUAUGAUUUUAUGGGUACUUUCUGUUUGACUUCAACCAAUGUAAAAAUAACUUGCAACUUUGUUUCAAAAAGAGAUUAUAGAGACAAAAGUUACUGAUUGUAGCUAAAAUAUUGUCGCUCAAACAAUCAAAAUAAAUUGGGUAUAGAUUUAGUCAAACGCUUUGGGUGAUGGGACUAAUUGUGUUAUGUUUUUUUUGUACACAUUUAGCUGAUACUUUUUUUACACAAAUUAUAUCAGGUUUAGUACUCUUAGUGCAGAAACCUGAGGUUAUGUCCUGAUCAAACACACAAUGAUCAUUUUCAAACCAGCAAUUUUCUGAAUACCAGGCUGAUUUAUCAAAACCUCAUAAUCAACAUGAAUGCACUAAACGUUUAAGCAGACAUUGGCAAAAAUCCCUACAUAUAUUUCCUGAAGAAAGAGAGUUGUAUGUGUGUUUGUUAAGGUUCUGUCUAGACUAUAUGAUGACAGGAGAGAUGAUCUGUUAAGUGACCCCACACAGAAACACACACACAGGUCAUUCAUCUCACAACUGACAGUCAAUUAACAACUGACCCUUGAAGAAUGGAUGAGUUUAAACAUGACAACUAAACUACACUCUUGCAUUCCUUGAUGCUGUUAAUGUUUCUCUCUGGGUCACAAUGAGCAUUAAAGUUUGAUUUCUUCCAUUGACAUUACACAUUUACAUUAUGAUUUUAUGCAGAAAAUGUUAAAUCACAAAAAUGACUUUAGCUGGAUUUUCACAUGCAGACUAGUUAUCAUGAAGCAAAGGCUUUGCUUUCGCAGUUGUUGGAGUGGAAAGUUAUAACGGGUCAACUGGCAUUUUGUACACACAUUUUGAUUUAUAGCUGUGUAAGCAUGUGUUUAACUCUGUCAGCUAUUGAUUGAAAUACAUUUGCAAAGGAAUGUGUUUUUUUUCCACUGAACCAACUUAUCUCAUCUCUGCUUUCUUUCACAGUGUGAUACCAGUCUUUCUUUAUUAACUAUAUUUAUGUUGAUCCAAACCUGCGUGCUGUAAUUUUUAGUGAAUGGAACUACAAAUGAUCAUUUCUGAAGAAUGUUUCAGAGCUAUUUUUUACACAAUCAUGUCUGUCAAGAUCCAUACAAUUCAACUUAGCCUUCUGAACUUAUAGAAGUUGCUGUUUUUACCUUCACUGUAUUUAUGUCUUUAUUGAGAUUCAAUAAUAGUGCACCAUCUCCCUUUACUAUGCAUUUCUUUUUGCAUAAUACCUGAACGUAGCCUGACAGAAUAUGAAUUUUGGAAGUGAAAGCAGAGGAGCAUACAUUGGAGUAAUUUGGAAAUUAUGUUUUGGAAAAGCAUACAUUGGAGUAAUUUAUGACCAAAUUUCUGUGUGUGAAUAGCAAAGACAUUUGUUGUUUAUAAGCUCUAUGUAAAAAUGUAAAAUUAAUGUCAUUUCUACUGCAAUGUACACAUUUUAUAGAAGUUUUGUAUUUGUGUGUGUGUGUGUUUGAGAGAAUUAUGCAGUUUUAUCAGUAACUGUGAGCUGAUGAUGAAGGGGGGGGCUGGUUUGGUUUGCAUUGCUGCUCUUUGAUGCAUGCUUUUUUGCCCCCUUUAGAUAAGAUUAUCAACUCUGAGAUAACAACACAGCCAUCUUGUCAAUCUGAAUCUCACCAGACACAACAUAGUGUGUGUGCGAGAUUUCUGAGAUCAGUCUCCAUAACAUAAACAUGUAAGCUCGCUCUCUCUCUCUCUCUCUCUCUCUCUCUCUCUCUCUCUCUCUCUCUCUCUCUCUCUCUCUCUCGCUCUAUUCUCUUAUUAUAGUAAGUUCAGUAGAGUGUCUCAUCUUUAAAGCAUUGCACCUGACCCUGACCACAAACUCUACUCAUCUGUCUGUAAUCUCAAACAUCAGAGGACUCUUUUAAAAUACUGAGAAUAACUCAAACAGAUCAAGAUAAAACAAUAAAGACUUCAGUGCCCUUGACAUUUGACAAAAUGCUAUAUUAUCCUUUUAAACUACUGUACUCUGUUGGUGGUAUUAUGGUUGUUUGUCACAUU